CUCGGUCAUAUCCAACUGGCACACGAUUGCGUAAGCAUUUUUCAAUCUUCACAUGACAAUCAUGUGACUUGUUUUGACAUUUGGAUUGUAAACAUACAAAAUGGUGGAUCGUUUGGUUAUCAUCCUUUUUCUUUUGCAUGGGGCUUCUUGCCUUGACUCCCUCCGGUUCCUGGCUGUGGGGGACUGGGGUGGCCUGCCCACUUUCCCCUACGAAACCCCCGUGGAACUUGCGGUGGCUAAGCAGAUGGCGGAUGUGACAAACACUUACCACACCAGCUUUAACCUAGCACUCGGGGACAACUUCUACUUUGAUGGGGUGAAGGAUGUGGACGAUAAACGAUUUAAAGAGACAUUUGAGCACGUGUUUCACUAUGAGUCCCUUAUGAACCCCUGGUAUCUGGUGGCCGGGAACCACGACCAUAACGGCAACGUCAGUGCCCAAAUAGCCUACUCCAAUAGGUCCGAGCGAUGGAACUUUCCGGACUAUUACUACGCCCUGAGUUUCAAGAUCCCUGGAGGGGGCGUGGUCGACAUCGUCAUGAUCGACACGGUGCUGUUGUGUGGUAACACUGACGAUGACGUAGUUGGAGACCAACCGCACGGACCCUCGAAUGCCAGGGUGUCGGACGACCAGUGGAGCUGGAUUGAUCUACAACUGCAGUCUUCCAAAGCGGACUUCCUUCUAGUAGCCGGCCAUUUCCCAGUGUACUCUAUAGCGGAACAUGGCCCUACGGACUGCCUAAUAGACAGGCUGAAACCUAUGUUGUACAAGUACGGAGUGACAGCUUACCUUUCUGGACACGAUCAUAAUUUACAGCAUAUAAACAGCCAAGAAAAUGGGAAAACGGUGGACUAUUUCGUGACGGGGGCGGGCAACUUCGUUGAUGCCAGCGAGGCCCACAAAAGCGACAUCCCGAGUGGCACCCUGAAGUAUCAUUGGGCAGAAAUCAAGGAGCUAGGUGGCUUCUCUUACCUCGAGGUCACGCCCAACAACAUGACCAUGACCUUUGUUAAUGGGCGCCGUACACCGUUGUACACAUACACGCUGUUUCCGAGAAAGUAGCUGAAAGCAUCCUCGUUUGAUAACGUGGUGAAAGGCUUAAAGGGGAUAACAGGCUUGAUUAAAAAAAUGGUGACUAUAUAGAGAGAGCAAUAUAAUUUCGGUCCAAUUGAAUAAACGGAACCUUCUGUUAGAGCAUUAGCAAGUAAACAUUAAAAUGAGCUCCGCGCGACUUUUAAGAAAAUUGCGGAAGAACUCAUGAUUUAUUCCAAAAAUAUUCCUUUUGUCAUCCAUUUACAAUUCCAGAUCAUAAUGUGCAUAAUUAAUUUCAAUAUGAAUAUGUGUAUGAAAAGUGUGAUUGUACAUUGUUGUAGCUGGUCUGUGAGGGUAUCAUGAAUUGAACAACAUUUAAGUUUGUACAUUGAAAAUUUUAUCCAUCAGUCUGUGAUCAAAGUAAUUUGCAAAACCGGUGCAGUUAUAAUAGCAAAAUAUGUGUAUUAUGAUUUGUUCAUGAUUUUAUUGACAUUGUGGAAUAUAUCAUUAAAAUUUGAUGUGGUCUCAGUGCCAAAGAUUUUAUUGACAUUGUUGAAUAUAUCAUUUACAUUUGAUGAGGUCAGUACCAAUUAUUUUAUUGACAUGUUUCGUCUUAUGUGUAUUAAUCUAUUAACCUUGAUAGAACCAAUGUAACUGAUAUUUUAAAUGUGUGUUGUCAGUCGCAAUAACUGUUCUGUUUAAAUGUGCAGGCACUAGCUUGUGACUGAUGCGAAAAUAAUUUUACAUAGAAUGUACAUCUAAAUAAUGCAUAAAAUACGCAAUACCCCAGUUUUCCAACACUUUUGUAACUUUUUUACUUUGUUUUUACCAUAAGUUUUUAAUGCAAUGGUUUUUUUUCUGAAAUAAAUGAUGAAGUAUGUUAAUGUAUUAUCCUGUAGGUAUUCAGAAAUUCAGAAGUUAUUUGAAUAAUUCAUAUAUAAAUCAUUUCAAUGUUGUCCCUUUACCAUGCUCUUGAACGCCUGAAAUACUCAUAAAUCUUGUUAUAGUACAAUGUGUGUUAGCAACCAUUCCAGUUGCAAGUUUGGUUUUGUAUUUUUUAACUUUUUAAACUAAUGUUUAUUUAUAAAGUUCAUUUAAUGAAUAAACGCUGUUGACCUGAAUAA